AGAGCAUACGAUGUUUGAAAGGCCAAAGCGUGUUCGUCGGCAUCGCACAACAUUUCUCUCCCAACAACUCAUGGCAUUGAGAAAAAUGUUUGAAAAGACCACGUACCCAAGUUUGGCUACAAUGGUAACACUGGCUUCGGAGCAGCAACUCAAUCUACCUGUAGUACAGACAUGGUUCAAGAACCAGCGUGCCAAAAGGAAGAAGCAGCAGCAGAAGCAAAUGCAGCCACAGCUGUUACUACGAGCAUCAAGACAGACUAUUUCAGCGAAGGAGGAGACUCCCUCAGCUCUAACUACUGCAGAUAUUCGUCCAAUAAGUCCUAGAAUCUCUGAUGUAAAUGACCAUGAUCUACAUGAGCCUUCUGGUAUCAAGAAUCCUGGAGAAGCCGGCGCCUCUGUGAGGAAUUCAUCCUGGCAUUCUCAGUCACAUGAUAUUGAACAAAUAUGUCUGGGGACUUCAAAUCUUCCUUGGGCCUCCACACCCUAUGAAAUAGAUGAAUUUGUAAAGAUCUAUGACCUGUCAGAGGAGGAUGACACCAGCAGCCUAAAUCAAUAUCUUUUUCCUCCCAGUGUGCCUGGAGUAUGACCAGCUCCAAUCUUCAG